GAGCCACAGCCUCACACGUUGUUUUGGCUGUGGACGUGUGUUUAGCUAACAGAGGCGUUUGAUUCAGUUUCGUCCCCGUCCUCGUUCACGUCGUAACGUCCCGCUGCGUCUCUCGUGUGUGUGUGUGUGUGUGUCUGGUUGAACUUGUGUGUUGGAUGUCACUGAAACCCAAGUGACGCAUUUUGGACAGAAGAAGUCUGAAGUCUGAAGGAAGCUAAGUGGCUAAGUGGCUAAGCGGCAGCAUGGCGGCGGUGCUGGAGCUGGUAGCCGGGAGCUACGAGCAGGUCGUGUUCGGUUACCGGGUGAAAACGGAUGAACAUGAGUGGACAGCCAAGGCGGACUUCACGCAUCACGCCCACUCAGCCUCCAUCUCGGCGGCGGCGGCCAGCGAGAGGUUCGUGGUCACGGGCAGCAGAGAUGAGACCAUCCAGCUGUACGACAUGAAGAAGAGGGUCGAGCACGGUGCUCUGCUGCACCACGACGGCACCAUCACCUGCCUGGAGUUUUAUGGAACGUCCCAUUUGCUGAGUGGAGGAGAGGACGGACUCCUGUGUGUGUGGAGCACAAAGAAGUGGGAGUGCCUGAAGUCCAUCAAAGCUCACAAAGGCCACGUCACGUCGCUGUCCGUCCAUCCUUCUGGGAAAAUCGCCCUUUCAGUCGGGACAGAUAAAACUCUCAGAACGUGGAAUCUGAUUAAUGGAAGAUCAGCCUUUAUCAAAAACAUAAAACAGAAUGCACACAUCGUUAGAUGGUCUCCAGAUGGGAGUAAAUAUGUGGUCGUGGCGGACGACAAGGUGAACAUCUACGACCUGGAGACGGCCUCAGUGACGGCAACGGUUACAAACCCCAAAAGGAUCUCGUCCAUUAAGUUCUUAAAUGACUCCCUCCUGGCCGUCGCAGGAGAUGAUGAAAUUGUGAGGAUAUGUGAAAUGGGAAAAGAGGAAUUUGUUUGCGAGUUCAAGGCUCAUGAAACCAGGGUGAAAGCAGUCGACAGUUUUCAUAUGGAGGAUUACUGCGUGUUGGUGACGGCUUCAAACGACGGAUUCAUCAAAAUGUGGAAACUCCAUCUUAAAGAGGAGCUGGAACCUCCCACGCUCCUCGGGGAAGUGAACACAACAGCCCGGCUGACGUGCCUCGCCGUGUGGAAACCUUCGUCGGCGCCGCAGAUCGCUGAGGAACCUGCAGCCGAGGCGACAACAUCCGAAGAACUGGCUCGAGAACUUUCAAAGAAGAAGAGAGUUCGAAUUUCGAUGGAAGAGGUCAUUCUAGAAGAUGAGAGCAAACCCAAAAAGAAGAAAAAGGACGGUGGAAAAUAAAACGAGCAGCAAUAAAACCAAAAUCUUUUUAAA